AUGGUGGGAGGCGGAAACAGGAAGGACGAUUUAGUGAUAAGUAACAACAACGUUUUUGCGGCUUUGGGAAGUUUAAGGAAGAAGAAGAAGUCAUCGGAUAAGAGCAAGAGUUCUUCUUCGUCUUCUGCUAAGAAGCAAGAGGAGAAGGAGCCUGAGCCCCAGGUUUUUUGGUCCCCUACGCCGCUGACUGCCAAAUCAUGGGCUGAUGUGGAUGAUGAAGAUGAUGACGAUUAUUAUGCUACCAACGCCCCUCUCCCAUCUGUUUGGGCCGGUGACUCUGCCGCCGCUGAUGAGCAGCCGCCCAAGGAGAGCACCACUCCUCUCGAGGUAAGUGAAAGUGAAGAAGAAGGUGUUGAUGAAGUUGAUGAUGAUAAUGAGGAAGAACAUGAGCAUGGACCUGAAGCACCAGUAGAGAAGGAGAUCAUUACAGAAAAGCCUGCGGAAGUUCAGGUACGGAAGGAGUCCGAAAGGCAGUUGUCAAAGAAAGAAUUGAAGAAAAAGGAACUGGCUGAGCUUGAAGAAAUGCUAGCUCAAUUUGGAUUCAACAAGCCAGAUGACCAAGAUGCAUCCCAGGGUGAUUCCCUAGGCAAGAAAGAGAAUCCUGAUGAGGAUGUGAGUAAAAAGGAGAGCAAUGCUCCAGGUGAGAGUAAAAGUGCAAAGAAGAAGAAGAAGAAGGAUAAAUCGUCAAAGGAAUCGAAAGAACAGGAUUUGACAAGCGGUGCUGAGGUCGGAAGUGGAAAUGAUGAGAACAUCGCCACUGAGGAGGCUGAUGACGUAACUUCUGUUGAUGUCAAAGAGAAGUUAAAGAAGAUGGCAUCUAUUAAGAAGAAAAAGUCAAGCAAGGAGAUGGAUGCAGCUGCCAGAGCUGCAGCUAGUGAAGCUGCUGCAAGGAGUGCAAGGCUAGCUGCAGCAAAGAAAAAGGAGAAGAAUCACUACAACCAGCAUCCUCAGCGGUAA